AUGCUUUUUGGACUAAAAAAUACACCUCAAGUGUUUCAGAGGGUAAUGCAACAGAUUCUUAAUAGAUUAUCAUUUAUAAAAGUAUAUCUUGAUGAUAUACUAAUUCAUAGUAAAACAUUUGCAGAUCAUAUUAAUCACUGCAAAAUUGUAAUAAACAAACUAAAAGAGGCUAAUGUAAAAAUUAACUUUGAGAAAAGUAAAUUCAUGCAACCAGAAGUAAAAUACCUGGGAUUAGUUGUUGUGAUGAGAAUCACAACUAUAAUAAUAACUUUAAGUUAUUAUCAUAACUUGGAAAUUUAUAUAUAUUUUUAUAAGUUUAUAUAUAAAUAUUUCAAGCUGUUAAAUUUUUAUUAA